AAGGAAAUAAAUAAUAAAAUUGACCAUGAUUUGUUUUUCAAAGAAUUUAACGAUAAGAACGACGAAAAUGUUAUGGUUGUAAUUAACAUAAAAAAAAAAAAACCAAAGGGGUACCGAAGAUAAAAGUGCAAAUACACGAUAGUAAACGAACCGAAACUAAGGGUUUGAACUUGGAAAUACAAAAGCAAUGGCCAACAAAGGUGGAGCCGUGGUAAGAGCUGCGGAGAUGGAGAAGAUGAGUGUUGAGCAGCUGAAAAUGGUGAAAGAACAAUCAGAUCUAGAACUCAAUCUUCUUCAAGAUAGUCUCAAUAACAUUCGUACUGCAACUAAUCGUCUUGAAAUGGCUUCUACUGCUCUUCAUGAUCUUUCUCUUCGUCCUCAAGGGAAGAAAAUGUUGGUUCCGCUUACGGCGUCGCUUUAUGUUCCUGGUACUCUUGAUGAUGCCGAUAAAGUUCUAGUCGACGUAGGAACUGGUUAUUUUGUUGAGAAAACAAUGAUUGAAGGUAAGGAUUAUUGUCAACGCAAAAUCAACCUGCUUAAAUCGAAUUACGAUCAACUUGUUGAGGUUGCGUCAAAGAAAAAAGUUAUUGCCGAUGAAGCAGGAAUUGUAUUACAGGCCAAGCUAAAGCAGCUGGCAUCAAGUUCAUGAGCAUUUGCUUGCUUUGUUUGUGACUUGUGUUUUGUAAUUCUGGAUUAUGGAUUUCUAGAUGAUAGUUUCCAAUCUGUUUUGUGUAGUUGUACAUUUGCUUCUUCCACUCUUCCCUUAACUAGGUAAAGCAUUCCACACAUUUGUUACUCUGGAA